CAUGUUGAAGGCUAUGGGCAUUAAUGAUCUGUUGCAUUUUGAUUUCAUGGAUCCACCACCCACCAACACCAUGUUGACAGCUCUGGAAGAGCUGUAUCAGCUGGGCGCGUUGGAUGACGAAGGGCUGCUCACCCGUCUUGGUCGGCAAAUGGCGGAUUUCCCCAUGGAUCCUUCUCUCUCCAAGUCACUGAUCAAGUCAGUCGAACUCCAGUGCUCAGACGAGAUUCUCACAAUCGUGGCUAUGAUUAGCGCCACUCAGAACGUUUUCCAUCGUCCUCGAGACAAGCAGCAGCAAGCAGACCAGAAGAAGCAGAAGUUCAACGAUCCAUCUGGCGACCACAUAACCCUUCUCAAUGUCUACAAUGGCUGGAAACAGGGCGGCUUCAGUACACCGUGGUGCCAUGAGAACUUUGUCAUGCCCAAGAACAUGCAACGCGUACGUGACGUACGAAACCAGUUGCUGCAAAUCAUGGCACGACACAAGCAUCAAGUUGUGUCUUGUGGUCGGAACACCAUCAAAGUUCGGCAGGCACUCUGCUCGGGUUUCUUCCGCAAUUCAGCGCGUAAGGAUCCUGCCGAGGGCUACAAGACGCUUGUCGAGGGUACACCUGUGUACCUGCACCCUUCUUCAUCGCUCUUUGGUAAGCCUGCCGAGCAUGUCAUAUACCAUUCACUUGUCGAAACUACCAAAGAGUACAUGCAUUUCUGCAGUGCCAUUGAACCGAAGUGGCUAGUGGAAGCUGCACCUACGUUCUUCAAGGUUGCGCCGACGGACCGCUUGAGUAAGAGGAAGAAGGCAGAGAGGAUACAGCCGCUACACAACAAGUUUGCAGGCGAAGACGAUUGGAGACUGAGUGCUCAGCGAAGGGCAGGAAGGGGCGGUGGUGGUACAUGGGGCUGAUUCUAUGCACAUUUGGCAAAAAAGCUGCUUUUUGGCAUGUAUGUAAUACCUUUUGAACUUAUUAUGCAGCUGGUUCUGACCAGUCACCGUUUAU